UUAUUAUUAUUAUUUAUUUGCUGUAACUUUUCCACCAACUUCAAGCUCUCAGUUCCCCAUUUCAAAAUUUGCUGUAGCACUUCUCACCCUGCCACCUAAGCACGGAGGUUGGCAUCAGAGGAUGGUGGUUAUCACUAAAAAGAUUACAGCAAGGCAUCCAGAAAUGCUUGUUGCUGAGCUGUAAGGUGUAAUCACGGACAACCUCUCUAUCAAAGUCUGUCAGAGCCAUCUGUAGAGCACCAGAUACGUUUUCCUUUGGGCAGUUGCCAUCUGUCUAACUGCUUUAUGGCUUUUCACUUUAGGAUUAGAUUCUCUCCAAGUUAAUCAGUAAACCUGCUUUGCUGUAUUUUACUUAAUGUCCUCUGAAGCAGUGGGACUGACUUGGGUGCUUCUUCCCUCUGCUCUCACACUGAGACAAGUUGGUGGAGGAGUGGGACAGCCCCAGUAUGAGUCCAGUGACUUGGGGCAGCUCCACUGUGCCCCCCAGGAGGGGAGACUGCUUCCUGUAAAGGUCACCAGCACCACUGCACACUGGGUGAAGGUUUUACAAGUCAUAGCAUAGGGUAUGUGAUUCCUCUAAGGAACUUUGGCCCUAGAAGGGGGAGGGCAUCAGGGCAGAAAGCCACCACAAGGAGGUGCAUUGCGGAUUGCGCGUGUUGCGUGUGGGGACCUCGCAGCAGAGCUCUAUCUCUUUGCCUGCUGUUUCGUGGAGGGUUUCAUGCUCAAGGGAGAAGAAAACAAUCUGCGUUGCAAAGGACUUUUAGGCGACCUUGUUCCCCUGCUCAGCUUUGCUCCAACCUUCCCUUCCCUAGACAGCACAAGAUGAGCACCUUUUGUCCUUCUCAGCAAAGCACUAGGAUGAAGAUGAGACGCCAUAAGCUCUUUCUGACUCUCUGCAUGGCUGGUCUCUGCCUCAUCUCCUUCUUGCACUUCCUCAAGGCCCUUUCCUAUGUCACCUUCCCCCGGGAGCUGGCUUCACUUAGUCCCAACCUCGUCUCCAGCUUCUUCUGGAACAAUGUCCCUGUCACACCUCAGGUCAGCCCUGAGCCAGGGGGUGCAGAGUUCCUCCGCACACCCCUUUACUCCCACUCCCCCUUGCUCCAGCCCCUGCCUCCCAGCAGAGCCAGCGAAGAGCUACACAAAGUCGAGUUUGUGCUGCCAGAAGACACCACAGAGUAUUUUGUCCGUACCAAAGCUGGCGGCGUUUGCUUUAAACCAGGUACCAAGGUGUUGGAGAAGCCACCCGUGGGAGGGCGGCCAGAGGAACGAGCAGAUGGUGCAGCCUCCGGGCGGCCGGCUCGCAAGCCACUGAGUGCCAGCGGUACCAAGCGGCGCAAGUGGGUGGAGUGUGUGUGCUUGCCGGGCUGGCACGGCCCCAGCUGUGGGGUCCCCACCGUGGUCCAGUACUCCAACCUGCCCACCAAGGACCGCCUUGUGCCAAGGGAGAUCCCCCGGCGGGUCAUCAAUGCUAUCAAUGUCAACCACGAGUUUGACCUGCUGGAUGUCCGCUUCCAUGAGCUGGGAGAUGUGGUGGACGCCUUUGUGGUGUGCGAGUCAAACUUCACUGCCUAUGGAGAGCCGCGGCCCCUCAAGUUCCGCGAGAUGCUCCUCAACGGCUCCUACGACUACAUCCGCCACAAGUUGCUCUACGUCUUCCUGGACCACUUCCCCCCUGGGGGCCGCCAGGAUGGCUGGAUUGCUGACGACUAUCUGCGCACCUUUCUCACCCGGGAUGGCGUCUCUCGCCUCCGCAACCUGCGCCCGGAUGACGUCUUCAUCAUUGAUGAUGCUGAUGAGAUCCCGGCCCGUGACGGUGUGCUCUUCCUCAAGCUCUACGAUGGUUGGACAGAGCCCUUCGCCUUUCACAUGCGCAAGUCGCUCUAUGGCUUCUUCUGGAAGCAACCAGGCACCUUGGAGGUGGUCUCGGGUUGCACCAUGGGGAUGCUCCAGGCCGUCUACGCUACCGACGGGAUCCGUCUGCGGCGCCGCGAGUACUACACCAUGCCUGGCUUUCGGCAGUACGAGAACAGCACAGGACACAUCUUGGUGCAGUGGUCACUGGGCAGCCCCCUCCACUUUGCUGGCUGGCACUGCUCCUGGUGUUUCACCCCAGAGGGGAUCUACUUCAAACUGGUUUCAGCCCAGAAUGGAGACUUCCCCCGCUGGGGUGACUAUGAGGAUAAACGAGACCUCAAUUACAUCCGGGAGCUGAUCCGGACUGGUGGCUGGUUUGAUGGCACUACGCAGGAGUAUCCCCCUGCUGACCCCAAGGAGCAGAUGUACGCUCCCAAGUACCUGCUCAAGAACUACCAGAGGUUCCGCUACUUGUUGGAGAACCCCUACCAAAAAGCAGAGGGCACUGGGUGAGGCCGCUGUGGUUUGUGUAGGAAACUGGAACUUCUCAACAAAGGGAAAGAGCUGAGUGUUUUCAUCUGUUCUCUUCUUUAGUUUAAUUUCUGGGUGGGGUGUGCCAUUCCUCUGGGGUCUCUGCCCUCCCUCCUUUCCUUCUCUUCUUCCCUCUGUCCCAUGGUUACCCUGGGGACACACAUUCCUCAGUCAUGUGAAGGGCAGGAAGAGGAGAGAUGUUGGGUACCUACUCCAGCAGUAGCAUACACGCUUCCCUGCAUCUCCCAGACCCCUCCUGCUGCUGGAGAGAAUCUCUGCAGCCAGCUGGCAGAUUUUCCUCUGCAGGAGGCUGGGAGGGUCCCAGGGAGAGAGAAGGCAGCUGCUCCUGUCCACGGUGUCCUUUGUGGAUCAGAGCAAGCACAGAUGUGAGCCUGGGCUAUUCAGUGAGUGUGUGAGUCAGCAGGCACAAAGUGAUGCGAGUGGUCACAUGUGCAGAUGUGUGUCACAGGCAGUUUUUGGAUGAGUGAAUGUGCAAAAGCAUCUCAGUAUGCUGCUUUUUUUUUAAUACCUCUAUAUUCAAAGAAUACUUUGGGCAAAGGAAAUCCUUUUGCUUCCAAGAUGCUCUCCCCAGGAUUCGGCCCUCCUCCUGCAGGCUUAAUGCAUCUGUCCUGGGAUGUAUCUUGCCCUGAUGCUCAACCAAUCCUGGAGCAGACAAAUUGGAAGCAGAGGAAAAAGUUAAUUUAUUUAUAUAUAUAUAUGAUUUUUUUUUUAACUCCUUUUUUCACCCCUGCCCCCACAACACUGCACUGCCUUGGCCCACAGAAGCUGAAGCAUCUUCCCUGCAGUACAUGCUUCUUUUGGGGCUGGGACAAGCUGCAGGGGACUUAAUCAGAUGGUGGGAGUGUAUGUUUACAAGUGCAUGGUUUCCUAUGUGCAUGAGUGCUAACAUGCAUGGUUUUGGUAUGCACGUGGGCAUUUGUUGCCAGUACUGGGGGGGGAAGGGGAUGUAGUUGGGAUUGGGAGCGUGUGUUUUCCCAAUCCCAAAUGGUGGGAUCCAGAAGCUGCAAUCUCUGCCUCAGCAUGGAUGACUUUUUUUGGGAAAUCAUAGGAGGGAAUUCACAGGGAAUUCACAGGACUGUUGUGUGCCUCUGGCUGACACUGCAACCCUGCAGUCUGUGGGUGUUGCAGGGUUGCUGCUUUCAUGUGCUGGCUAUUCCCUCUGGCUAUGAGGCAAAAGGGAAAGGAGAUGGGCAAGGCUCUGACUCAGCAAUGGGUAUUGUGGGGAAACAAAGUCCAUCAAGGCACAGGAUUCAUCUCUAUUGCUCUUAGGGCGUAAUGGAGCUUGUAGACAAAUGGGCCAGGGACAGAUUUCUUGAGGUUAAGAGACUGUUCUGGGGCCAUCAUGCAAUCCAGAGAGCAUGUGCAGCCUGGGCCUUACAGACAAGACCAUGCAGAGGAGAGGAUAUUUUGGACUCCAGCUGCAGCAUUUCUGUGCCAGUAUCUGCUCAGAGUCUGCUAGUGAUGAGUAGCCAUUGUAUUAGAUUGAUUCAGCUCACAGAUGAGGCAGAUCCAUGUCUCCAUCCUUACUACUCUUCCUUAGUAGGUUGCUUGAUGGGGUCCCCAGAGUUUGGGCUGCAGUGGGCAGAGGGUGGAAAACAUAAUGAACUUGCUGUUAGCCUUGCAGUGGAAAAACCAUCUGUGCCAGGGCAGAAGAACUUCCACUGAUGUUAACUUACUCCAUUUCCAUCCUUCUGCCUCAUUCCUAUCUCUGUAUCUCUCUUUUCCCUCCUGUUCCCCUCUCUAGAGAAAUGAAAAAACAUCAAGAUUAACAUUGCUUUUCUGAUCAAACUAAGAUGAAUUUCAUCUUAGCCCCUUCCACAUCUCAUGCUGUAAUGCCUGCUUAGAAGAACUGAAGGAUCUUUUUUGUUGGUUUUGUUUUUUUUUAAUCACUGUUCUCACUUCUGCUGUUUCUUCCCCACAGGUAGAAAAGCUCACUUGGGAAACAGGUGCAAGGAUAAAGCUUUGGUAGGCAGAAUCUCCCUUCCCAAAGGGGAGCUGUGGCUCUUCUAAGCCUGGACUUGUUGGUGCAGCAACAAGGGAGGGAGUUGGCCCUUGUGCCAAAGAGCUGUGUGAAGGUCUUGGGUGAGGAGAGAUUUUAGAGAAAUGAGCACCUGACCAAGAAAAGAGGAGCCUGAGUUGAGCCAGAUGAGAGCAGUAGCACAAGAACAUGCUUUCCCCAGGGGCAGUUGGAGGAGAGCAGGUUUGCUAGCUUAGGGGAUUCAGUAGCAGAGGAGUGUGGAAGAAGAAAGCAUUUCUCAUUUUUGCUUUUGGAAGGGAGCCUGAUAUCUGCUCUCAGACCUUUGGCUUUGCCUUACCUUAGUGAUAACAGACAGCCCCAGCACCAGGUUUUGCUGGAGACAGGAGAGAAAUACAAGUCAGUCUUUGUGUGGGUGCUUUAGCAGCACCAGAGCCCUGUGAAGCAGGGGUUGAGUGCUUGCGUGCUGGGGCUGCACCUCCUUAUCUUCCACAGUGAGAUCAGCCUCUCCUCUGCUACCAGCCCUUCCCAUGCCUGCAAGUCCUUAGGGAUUUUUAGUGUGCUGCAAGUCACAUUUUCUUCACUGAGGUGUGGCCUUUGUCCCUUUGGUUGUUUCAGAUAAGCCAGCAGCUGUGAUAUCUGGAUCUCCUAUUCCUGAAGUAAAACCCAUUGCCUUGUCUCCUUUCUCCUCCAUUAUUUGUUCCAUCAUUCUCUACCUCUUCUUCCUCAUUGCCUCUCCUUUCUGUCUCCUUAUGCAGGAGGAAAAGGUCUCUCAGCGCUGGGGCUGUUCUGCAGGACUCUGGCCCUGCCUUUUUCCUUAACUUUCUCUUUCUUGGGAAACCAAAUUUAAAACAGACAGACUUCUGUUGUGGUGGGAAGCAGAGACUACAGAUGAAACGUAUUUGCUUUCUUUCUCAAGAAUCACUUAAACAUUUUCUGAUUUAAGGCCAAACCACUCAAUGUUUCUGUCUGAUUUGUCUGGCUAACCCUGUGUUUAUUAUCCUUGGGGAGCCAGAGUGCCUGGUGUUCAAAAUCUUCCUGCUUGUCCCUGGAGGUGAUGGGGACUAGCAAGCUGACCUUUGCACAGUGAUUUCCCAAGCUGAUGGAUUUCCCUCUGUCCAGCCCCUUAAAAGUCUGUGAAGGUGUAGCGUGGUGACAGGCAAAGGAAGAGGCAGUUUUGUAUCAGAUCCUCAUUUCUCAAUGCUGAAGUCUGAGGUGAGAGUUGAGGAACCUUGAUCUUGGCUGCACCAGGUCCUGAUGUUUGAGAAGGGAAGGACUGAAGAAACAUAUCCUGCCCCUGGCUGGAACUGGGAUGAAACCACCAGGGCCUGAUGCCUCUUGGUUCUUGCAGUCUCUAGCUGUGAAGCCACAUACUACCUUCCUGGGAGCUGUCCAGUGGAGGGAGAGAAAGCAUCACCAGUCUUUCCCUACAGCCCUCUUCAGCUCUUCUUUUUCUUCCUCAGAAUGUUUCCACCUUCAAAUGAAACAGUACAGAGGAGAGCCAGGUAGUAGAUGAAGCAGUAUGUGGCAUCCCCAAACUUUGUUCUUCUCUUUGUCUCUGUUCUUGCCUUUUCUUGUGCUUCCCACCUAAAAAAGGGAUUGUGUGUCCAUGCAUGGCUUUACACUGAGCAACUCAUCUUUCUCCUUCACCCUAAGUAAAGGGAAGGCAUGGUCUUUGGUGGACCUGCAGUAGAUGACUUCAAUAAAGCAGUGGGAACAGGGCAGGUUGGCUGUCUUUGCCCCUCUGAAGGAAAUGGGGACAAGUCUGAACCCAAAUAAUGGACAGAAGAGAUGAAGUAGUUUUGUGCCUGUGUGGUUGGUAUGAAGGAUAUGGACUUGUGCAAGCCUGCUCUCACUGUUUCUUCCUCCUAAGCUUGUGUCCUGCUGAGGCACUUGCUGUGUGCAGCUCAGGCUAGCUUGCUUUCUGUGUCAGGGGCAGGCAAGGUAAGGUACAACUUAGGAUGGAGGGAGAGUACCAGAGCAGAAUGGGUAUUUGUUGCCCUCCACCCACCUUUUGAUGUAUCCUUGUGGGAUGGUAGUGUCUUUUUGACUCCCAAAUGUCCUCUAGGCACUGUCCUUGUCUCCCAGCUCCUGCCAGCAAUCUCUGUGGCUGCUAUGCCUCUGCACUGUGAAGACAUGUCCAGGGUCACUCCUGGUCUAAUUAGUGAACACUGGUAGUGAAAAGGCAAGGGAUGGCUCCUCCUGGUUUCACUGACCUCAAACCUUGGUGAGAAAGGAGGGAAGCAAAAGGGAGAACAGGUUCCAAAUCCCUCCAUUGUUGUGUUCUUCCCACCCCUGCAAAAAAACAUCUCUUCUGAUUUCUGAGACGUUGGACAAACUUGCUGCUCCUUAUAGUAAAAGAGGAGGAGCUGGAGGUAAGGGGGUGGCAGGAGGGGCUUGGAUCCAGCCCCAAGAAAAGAGGGAUGCUUCUAAUGCAAUACACUGACAUUUAAAGCUUUGGGGACUACAGAUAACAGAUUAAAGAGGGAUCUGAAUUACUCAGAUGAAGAAUUUAAACCACUGUUUUUUUCCCCCUUCCUGUGUGGAUGACGAUGCAGUAUCAUCCCGGAGGUGGUUCAGACAGCACUUCUGAACCUGGUGUCCACCUGGACCUACUGGUUGCAUUGCCCCUGGGGUGGCUGUGGAACACCCUGCUUUGGCAAAAGAAUGAGUGGACUUGCCAAAAAAAAAAAAAAGAAGAAGAAAAAAGAAGUGUCUGUAAAGCUCCUUUCCACUCUGUAAUUUAUAAACAGCAAGUAAUAAUGAACUUUUUGUAAGGGUAAAUCAAAUGUACAUUCUGAAAUCAUUUUCUCUGUAAAUGGUUGGAUUUCAUUUCACCCUUAAAGGGAUGCUUAAAAGGAGGAGAUUAAAAAUAAAAACAAUUGCAAAGUCUGAAAGGAAA